GUGCAAGUAUAGGGGUUCUGUUUGUAUUUUUCAAUAAAACAAUAUCCAAACCCUUCCCUCCUGUAACCUCUUUGGAACAGACUCUCCUAACCUCCUCCAAUGUCCACGAAUUUGGGCCUAUCAAUGGCUUCUUCCACAAUCCCUUGUUGUUCACCUGCUUCUUCUUCAUCGCCGUCGCUCCGGCGAACCACGGUUAAGACCCACUGUUCCAUACGUACUAGAAACAGUAUCAAAGCUCCGUUUCCUCCUCUAAACCCUAAAGAUCCAUUUCUUUCCAAGCUCGCAUCAGUGGCAGCUAGUUCACCGGAGAAGCUCCUCAAUCGGCCAACUAACUCCGAUACGCCGCCGUACUUGGACCUUUUUGAAUCCCCGACGCUCAUGGCUACUCCUGCCACAGUGGAAAGAUCCGUGUCUUACAAUGAACACAGGCCAAGGAGGCCACCUCCAGAUUUGCCGUCAUUGCUUCUCCAUGGAAGAAUAGUGUACCUUGGCAUGCCGUUGGUGCCGGCAGUCACAGAACUCAUCAUUGCAGAAUUAAUGUAUCUACAAUGGAUGGAUCCCAAAGAGCCUAUAUAUCUUUAUAUAAAUUCCACAGGAACUACUCGUGAUGAUGGUGAAUCGGUAGGAAUGGAAACAGAGGGUUUUGCAAUUUAUGAUGCUAUGAUGCAAUUGAAAAACGAGAUACAUACUGUUGGAGUUGGAGCUGCUAUAGGUCAUGCAUGUCUUUUGCUUGCUGCUGGGGCUAAGGGCAAAAGAUUUAUGAUGCCACAUGCAAAGGCUAUGAUACAACAGCCCCGUGUUCCUUCAUCUGGAUUGAUGACAGGCAGUGAUGUUCUCAUACGUGCAAAGGAGGUAAUAAAUAACAAGGACACACUUGUUGGCCUCUUGUCAAAGCACACCGAGAAUUCAGUGGAGACUGUUACGCAAGUGAUGAGAAGACCGUUUUAUAUGGAUUCCACUAAAGCCAAAGAGUUUGGUGUAAUCGAUAAGAUACUUUGGCGUGGUCAGGAAAAGAUCAUGUCAGAUGUUGUGCCACAGGAGGCAUGGGAUAAGAGCGCUGGGAUUAAAUCUCUCGAUGCCAUGUAGUAAAGUUGCUUAUACUUAAGAGGAUUACCAACUCAUAACUUGGAAGAUAAGCUGUCCAAAUGCAGCAGGGAUCAGAUGCUGAAGUUGUAUCUUAAUGUUGGGUAUACGUAUAGGGUAGUGGUGGGAUGUUGCUGAUAUGAACUUGUUAGAUCCAAUCUACCCAGAGAUUUACUUUUCAAAUUGUACCCAGAAGUAUCAGCAGAUAUAGGACAUGAACGAGCACACAUGGCAUUGCAUUUUGCACAUACUGAAUUCAUUCUUGUAAUACCAAUUUCAUGUUAUGCUCGUAAACAGACA